UGAUUUUCUUGUGGAGAAGCUAGCCCCCCCCCCCCCCCCCCCCAUCUGGUAGGGGUAUGAGAUUGGGUUCAGAUUCAAGCUGGAUCUAUACAGUUUUGCCGUUUGCAGCACAGCUAGCCAAAGUCUGCGCUGCGGAGAUACCCCUCCUAACCACCCUAAUGGGGAAAAAUGCUCACACGACAGCAACACAGAAUUAAGAGGCAGUGCAUCGCCAAGUCUCUACCAAUUUUUGUGAGGUUGAGUGACACGGCGAGUGCUACUUUUUAUAGGAGCCUUGGAUUAUAUCGUCUUCGUUAAAGCAGAGAACAGCUCAUGAAUGCUGUCCGCCUCUACAAUCCAUGUACCGAUGGAUUGCUCUCCACUACCACCUCAAUACUGAUAAGAGAUGGCUCAGGCAAGCAAUCCUGUAACUUUGCUGAAGACUUUAAGGGUUUCGUCACCUAUGUGGUCAAAAGUGGAUACUGACACAUGUGAACUGCUCCAGUACUACUUUGGAUUAUAUACCGUGUUAAAAUGCCAGGUGAUGGGUCCCACUUAUGUUGAUGUUGAGUUCCAGACCUUUGAGAUAGCAAAUGGUUUCAAGAACUGUGGUAUGUGGCCAAACCUCAAAAUGGACUGGGCACCCAAGAACAUCUCUGAAGUUACCAUAAUCCCAGGGCGUGUCACUACCUGCAUGCCAGGCCGAGUCACUACCCGCAUGCCAGGCCGAGAUCUUCCUAUGAGCAGCACUCAGAGCUGUGUUCUGUUACCAGCGACAAACCCAUUCCCAACAGAGUGGACAACUAAUGCACAAGGCGAAGCCGUCGUCCCACACUUCCCCGAUGAUGUUUAUCCAAGCUGUCCAUCGCCUGCACCGUUUCCCACCCCCACCGGACAACAGGUUUGGUUGGGACCUGCGUGGCCUGCUUACAGAUUCAAGUGAUGGGAACCCUGAAUAUCAUUAAUGGCAGAUGUUGUUUUUGUAUUUUGCGGGAAGCCAUGAGGCAGCAGACCUUAAAACCAUUAACAUAGAGGGCAGGAAGCCACGCGGCAGUAAACCUCAGUGAGGAAGUUGGUGGCAGUAAAUCUUAAAACCAUCGUCAUAGAGAGAAAGCUGAGUGGCAGUUUUAUUUAUUUUCUAUGGCGUGAGGCAGUAGAGGAACCGGCAGAUUGAGAUAUAAUUUGUGAUUCAGUUAGUUGAAAAUAUCCAAUAUGAUUCUUAUCUGUCAAGGUAUAAUUCUUCUUUCAUGUACUUAUUUGCAUGUGAAACGUGGGAGA